AUGAAAGAAAUAGUAUUGUAUAAUAAUAAUUUAAAUUUUGAAAAUAUAAAUAAAAAUGAAAGCAUAAUUUUAUCAGAAGAAAAUUUUGAAAAAAAAAUAAAUGAUACAAAUAGAUCGAACAAUUACAAAAUGAAGUCGUCUAUUUCUUUUCAUACAGCUUCAUCUACUGCUUCAAUGAAAAGUAUUAAAAAAAAAAAAAAAAUAGUUAAUUAUGAUAAAAAUAAUAAUGCAGAUAAACCACUUACCGAAAAUAAGAUUAAUUUAUCCAAAUUUUAUGGUUUAGGAAAAAGAAAUUCUUCAUUGGAUAAAAACAAUUUAAGUUGCCAUGAGAAAAUUAAAAUAAAAUGUGGUAGUUUAAGUAAUAAUAAAACAGUGCUAAAAAAAUUAGAAUAUGAAGAUAAUUUGAAUUUCAAUUGUAAAAAGACUAAAUCUUUUAAUUUUCAAAACAUCUUAAAAGGAAAAAUAAGAAAUAACAACAGCAAAAUUAUUGUAAGUGGAUUGAAAACUAUUCAAAGUGAGGUUCUUGAUUUAAAAGUAGAUAAUAAUAUAUGUAAUGAAAAAAAAGCAAAAAAAUUAGAAAUUGAUUCAUUUAAUACAUCGAAAGAGAGCGAAAUGAAAAAAGAAGAUAUAUUACUUCAAUACGAAAAAUAUAAACGUAAAAAAAAAAGAAAAAAAAGGAUUAAAUCAAGAUUAUUUAAAAAAAGUGUUUCUUAUUCUAAUUAUAUAUCUCCAGAAAUUAUAAAUUUAUUAAAUCAAACAAAAUUAAAUUUAACCUUUUACCAAAGAGAAGCUGAUGAUUUCUUAAAUGUCAUAAGAAAUCUUCAAAAUAUAGUCUUAAUAGAAAGAGAAAAAUAUAAUGAAUUAAAAGAAAUGCUAAAGUAUACUACUGAAGAAAUAGAAAAAGAAAAUAAUAAAUUAUAUGAAGAAUUAAAUAUAUACAAACAGAAAUAUUUUAAAUUAAAAAGUAUCAUAUCUAAUAUUGGUUAUGGCAUUUUUUUUAAUAUAGAUAAUAAGGAAAUGAAUCAUAAAUAUAAUAAUAAUAACGCAUAUAUGAAUUAUGAAAAAUUAUAUACAAGUGAAGAUGAUGAGAAUGGAAUUGAAAAUGAACAUGAUUAUGUUAUGGUUAAUAAAAAAUUGAAUUAUUCAAAAGAUAAUUAUAAUAAUAAAUACAUUAAAAAAUUGAAGAAUAGUAAUAAUUCUUCUUUAUUAAAUUACUUAGAUUUUUAA